AUGAACCACCGAACCUGGAUGGGCUCCAGGAAUACCAACAGUCCAAACACGACAUGUGGUGCCCACGUCUUCGCUCGCUUGCAGCCCGAGGGACAGUUUCUAGUUGCCUCAGGGUUGUUGGCAGGAAAGAACGUUCCCUCGGUCCGAGCGGUUGAGCACUGGAAAAGCAGCGAUACUGGUGACGGUGGGCUAAGUGCGGUGCUCCCUGGAACUGAGUCCACUGUCACAGGUUGCAGAUUAGGUUCUUCAACCAGCAUCGAGAGCCCUAACCGAGAAUCAACAAACCCGGUAGAAUACACAUCAACAAGCCAGCAUUUGUAUGCACGUUGCUUCUGUGGGGGAGUUGAGUUUUAUAUCACCAAACCGGAUGUGUCGUCUUUACAAGCAUCCUCGCCAUGGCCAGAUCUCCUGGUUCCAUACCACACCGGUUCUGGGGCGAAUCCUAACGAUAUCAAAUGGUGGUUGCGAGAUGGUGAUACGAAAUAUAUCGCAGGAACCUGUGUCUGCAGCAGCUGUCGAUUGAGCAGUGGAUUUCCUAUCCAGACCUGGGCAUUUGUGCCGAAGUCCAACAUCUUCAAUGCAGACGGUUCACCGCUUGUGUUCAAUGCAGGGACCAUGCAGCGACAUAGAAGUUCACCUGGGGUAUAUAGGGAAUUCUGCAGCUGCUGUGGGGCUACUGCCUUUUGGCACUGUGAUGAACGACCACUGCUAAUUGAUGUGAGUGUGGGUUUGCUUCAGGCAAAUGGUGCUCGAGCUGAGGACUGGUUGGAAUGGGCCACAGAUCGUAUCAGCUUUGCUGAGAUGGCAGUGCAACAUGAUUUAAUCCAUAUUCUAGAGGAGGGCCUCAAGAUAUAUUCAAAGAGAAACUAG